CCGAUGGACCUAAAUGCGAACAUAACCAUUAAGUGGGAUGUCAUGGAAUUUCAUGAUGACGUUUACACAGCCUUGGUGACCAUCUACAACAACCAGCUGUACCGACAUGUGGAACGGCCUGGAUGGAAGCUUGGCUGGGCCUGGGAAAAGGACCAGGUGAUAUGGAAUAUGUGGGGCGCAGAGGCCACAGAGCAAGGAAACUGCUCCAAGUUCAAAGGAGACAUUCCUCAUUGCUGCGAGAAGGAGCCGGUCAUCAUCGACCUAUUGCCAGACACGCCGUAUAACCAACAGGAGAAGAACUGCAGCAAGGGAGGAGUGCUGUCGUCCAUGACCCAAGACCCAACCAACUCAGCUGCGUCUUUCAGACUCGUUGUGGGGAAUGCCAUCUCCAACGGCGGUUCACUCAGCAUGCCCACUAAUUUCAGUCUGGGCGUUCCAGGGUAUACAUGUGGGCCUCCUGUCAGUGUCCGGCCCACAAAAUUUCCUGAAGACAAAGGCCGCAGAUGGAGUCAGGCUAUUUCGACGUGGAACAUUACAUGUGCCUACUCGCAAUUCAGGGCGGUGAUGGGCCCUACAUGCUGCGUCUCGCUAUCGUCCUUCUACAAUAGCACAAUCAUCCCGUGCCCGCGAUGCAGUUGCUCCUGCCAGGGGUCCAUGUCCACCACAAAAUGUGUCAUGCCCAAUGAGUCGCCGUCGCUGUUACGGAUGCCGCAAGAUGAGAACGAUGCUAUUGCGCCUGUAGUGACGUGCACACGGCACAUGUGCCCCAUCAGAGUGCAUUGGCACGUGAAGUUGAGUUACAAGGAGUAUUGGAGGGUGAAGGUAACGGUCACAAACUUCAACCACGUGAAAAACUACAGCGAGUGGAACCUCGUGGUGCAACACCCCAACUUGAAGAGUGUGACCCAGGUCUUCAGCUUCAACUACAAGCCUCUGCACCAGUAUGGCCCAGUCAAUGAUACUGGAAUGUUUUGGGGGAUCGAUCACUACAAUAACAUGCUACUGCAGUCGGGGGAGCUGGGAAAUGUCCAGACGGAAAUAUUGCUGAGAAAGGAUCCAGGCCUAUUCACAUUCAAUGAAGGAUGGGCAUUUCCAAGGAAAAUUUCCUUCAGUGGGGAUGAAUGUGUAAUGCCUCCACCAGAUGCAUAUCCAAGUCUUCCUAAUGCCAGCCCUUCACAUUUUCUAUCAAUAUCUUCUCCCUCAAUUGGGUUUUCUCUCUUGUUCUUAUUUCUCAUUUUGGUUUCUUAGAUAGAUGAAGAAAUCUUCCUUUCUCUUCCCUUUUCGUUUGGGGUUGGUUGAUUUGUACAAACCUCAUGUUGUUAUAUAUCAAAAACCAUGUGUUUUAUGCAUGGAAAGAUAGAUGAGAAAAAUACCAGCAUGCAAUUGUUGUAGGCAAAUUUGCAGAAUCGCUGGUCGUAGUUGACAAUGUCUGUUCAUCAUCGUUUUAAAAUUUACAAUGCAUACUUAUUCAUUGGAAUUCA